AUGGCGCUGCGCGGGCUGGCCUUGCUGGGGCUCUGCUGGGCCGGCUGCCUCCUGGCCCUUGCCCGGGGCUGCGGGCCGGGCAGGGGCCCGGCGGGGCAGAAGCCCUACAGCCGCAAGCCCCUGGCCGCCCUGCGGUACAAGCAGUUCGUGCCAGACGUGGCGGAGCAGACCUUGGGCGCCAGCGGCAGAGCCGAGGGCAGGAUCGGCCGCCACUCGGAGGGCUUCCGGGACCUGGUGCCCAACUACAACCCGGACAUCAUCUUCAAGGACGAGGAGAAGACGGGCGCCGACCGCCUGAUGAGCCAGCGCUGCAAGGACAGAGUGAAUACUUUGGCCAUCGCAGUGAUGAACAAGUGGCCGGGCAUCAGGCUGCGAGUGACGGAGGGCUGGGACGAAGACGGACAUCACCAACCCAACUCCCUGCACUAUGAGGGGAGAGCCCUGGACAUCACCACGUCUGACCGCGACCGGAAGAAAUACGGCGUGCUGGCCAGCUUGGCGGUGGAGGCCGGCUUCGAUUGGGUGUAUUACGAAUCCAAGGCACACAUUCACGUGUCAGUGAAAGCAGAUAACUCCAUGGCCGUCCGUGCCGGUGGCUGCUUCCCGGGUGAUGCUGUGGUGACCUUACAGAGCGGAGGAAAGAAACAACUUUCUGAACUUUGCUGUGGGGACCUUGUGCUCGCUGUGGACCGGAGUGGGCGAGUGACGCCUAGUGAGGUCUUGCUAUUCCUCGAUCGGGACGGGCGCCAGCGGACUACCUUUGUCACCAUCGAGACGGACCAGCCUGCCCGCCGGCUUCUCCUCACACCCUCCCACCUAAUCUUUGCUGCACAGGGCCCAGCCAACAGCACAGCUGACUUCUCCCCAGUCUUUGCUAGCCAGGUGCGUGUGGGGGACUCGGUGCUGGCCCACCACACAGGUGCCCCUUGGCUGCACCCUGCCCGGGUGGUCCGUGUUUGGCAGCGAGAGGCCAUUGGGGUGUAUGCCCCGUUGACUUCGCACGGCACCCUUUUGGUAAACGGUGUGCUGGCUUCCUGCUACGCUGUGCUGGAGAGCCACCAUUGGGCCCACCAAGCCUUUGCCCCACUGCGGCUUGUCCACAGCCUCUCCUCACGGUUUCCUCUUAGGGGUGAAGCAAGGAAUUGCAGUGCACAGGAGACUGGCAUGCACUGGUAUUCCCAGUUUCUAUACCAGCUGGCGUGGGGCAUCCUGGGACGGGACAGCCUUCACUCUUAAGAGACUGGAGCUGCAAUCUGUGUGACAAAGAAAUAUAACGUCAAGCCACUGGAGACGCACAGGGUGUCAGACACCAACGUGGUCCCACUCGCACCUCACUGGCUUUGGCUGGGUAACAAAAUGGUGACAGCUCUGGUUUGGCAAUUGUGUGUCCCUCCUCUAAAAACAGCAGUGUUGCCUUUGGAAGGACGCACAAGUUGGUGUGUAUGGGAGGGCAGAAUGCGACAGCAGGGCAGGCUGGCUUGUGUAUGUAGGAGGUGAAUUGUGUGGUCUGGUCCACUGAUGUGGCCGCGCGUGCUUGUAGGCGAUGCACAAAACACACUGCUUUCUACAGGCACCUUUACAGAGCUACCUGGAGUUUUAUUAAAAGAAAGAACCAGAGGUUUUUACAAACUCACCCUGAUUUUUAGGAGAGAGGGUGGAUUUCCCCCCAUUUCCCCUCUGGAUCUCUAUUUGACAUCGGUAUUAACUCAGGUAUGUCUUUGUUUCCACUGCAGCUGCCUAACUGAAGGAGAGGGAAGGGAUAUGGAAGGGUGGCUAAGGGUGGAGGUUGACAUAUGAGAUCUACUAGGUUCAAGCAGAAAAGAGGGUUUGGUUUUGUGCUCUUUCUUCAGCAUUCUAGGGCUUCAGUGAACAUUGCAUGAAAAACCACAGAGGGAAUGGGUUGGCGGCCCAUGCCAGAAAGGUGACGUGGCACUGGGUGUGUCUCCCCCCCCCACGAGGACAGGGGUUGUCUCGUGAGGGCUAAGCAGUGAGCCGGGGACCCUGUUCAGAACAAAGGUGCUUUCACAACAGUGUGCGCAGGAUCACUUUAACUCAGCCUGCUUUACUUACCUGGGUUGUCAUAACACUGGAUUCAAUAGGAAUAGGAGGGGGGGCAAGAGGGGGCUCCAGGGAAGGGGCUUGUAGCACAGACUGUCAAGGAUGAACGGUCUUGCGAAUGAACGCAAAAUCCGCUGCACCCGCGUUCUCUUCCCUGCUCAGCCUUGGUGACCUUCACCAAGCCCUUCGUGCGCUUCUGUAUCUCCGUCGAAGGCCAGAGCUGGCUGGGGUAAGCCUUCCUCUCCCUGCCGCUUUCCCGUGAAGCUCACAGCAAUGAGAUUAACUCUUAGCUACUGAUUCAGAGUUUUAUUUUUAUAUUUAUAAAUGGUAAUUUAAUGGAGGGCUGCUUCCACCUAACGGAGGGUAUUAAUUUGAUGCUUUGCUGGUGGGGAA